AUGUUUAACAACGGUUUGACAGGCGAGAUUUCAUCCAGUGUCACAGCCGUAAACUUGGUGGAGCUUGAUGUGUCCUCAAACAAUCUAACAGGGUCAAUACCAGAUGACUUUGGUAAGCUCAUCAACCUUACCCUGUUGUUUCUCUACACGAAUCAACUUCAUGGGUCAAUACCGCCAAGCAUUGGGUUGCUGCCGAAUCUCAGAGACAUCCGGCUAUUUGGGAACAUGUUAACUGGUUCUCUUCCACCAGAGCUCGGAAAGCACUCACCACUAGUCAAUCUUGAAGUCUGCGACAAUAACCUUUCUGGCGAGCUGCCAGCUGAUCUUUGCUUCAACAGGAAAUUAAAUGACAUCAUUGUGUUCAAUAAUAACUUUUCUGGAAAGCUUCCAGAAUCGCUAGACGGCUGCUAUCUGUUGAACAAUUUAAUGUUGUACAACAAUCAUUUUACUGGAGAGUUCACCAAGAGCAUCUGGUCAGUUGUGACAAAUCAACUAACGACAGUUAUGAUCCAAAACAACAAUUUCUCUGGGACCUUUCCUACCCAGCUACCAUGGAACUUUUCACGUCUUGAGAUGAGCAACAACAGAUUCUCUGGUCCCAUUCCAACUUUAGCAGGCAAAAUGAAAGUAUCCAGGGCAGUAAAUAACUUGCUUUCUGGCCAAAUUCCCUGGGAUUUGACGGGCAUUUCACAGGUAGAAGAGCUUGACCUUUCUGGAAAUCAAAUUAAUGGAUCGAUACCCAUGGCAAUUGGAGUGCUAAAGCUCAAAGCACUUAAUCUAAGUGGAAAUCAGAUAUCUGGUACUAUACCUGCAGCAUUUGGGUUUAUGUCAGAGCUAACCAUCCUUGACCUCUCCUCGAAUGCGCUAUCUGGUGAGAUCCCAAAAGAUAUCAAUAAGUUGAAUUUGAACUUUUUAAACCUCUCCAUGAAUCACCUCACAGGGGAAAUUCCAAUAUCAUUGCAAAACGAAGCAUAUGAGCAAAGCUUCCUAUUCAAUCCAGGCCUCUGUGUCUCAUUGAAUAAUUCCAUCCCGAAUUUCCCGAUUUGCGGGGCAAGAGCAAACACCAACAAUGGUAUCUCCAGGAGGCUUAUAGCCCUCUUUUUUGUUCUUGCAAGUAUCAUGCUUGUGGGUUUGGCAGUUCGUGGUUUCUUGCUAUUAAAGAGGAAAAAGAAUAGCCAAGAUCCUCUAUCAUGGAAGCUGACCCAGUUCCAUGCACUGCAUUUCACAGAGUAUGAUGUUCUUUCUGGGCUCUGUGAGCAGAACUGGAUUGGAAGUGGCAGGUCUGGCAAGGUGUAUCGAAUUUGUGUUGUGGAUGGAGAAGGUGGUAGUAGAAUGGUGGCUGUUAAAAAGAUAUGGAACGCGCAGAACCUUGACAACAAGCUUGAGAAGGACUUCCUUGCAGAGGUCCAGAUAUUGGGUGAGAUCCGACACACAAACAUUGUCAAGUUGCUCUGCUGCAUCUCAAGCUCAGAGGCAGAGCUUCUUGUCUACGAGUACAUGGAAAACGGUAGCUUAGACAGGUGGCUGCAUCAAAGAGAUAGAGUUGGUUCAUUGGCGCCUUUGGAUUGGCCCACCAGAUUGCAAAUUGCCAUCGACUCAGCAAGAGGUCUAUGCUAUAUGCACCAUGAUAGUUCACCCGCAAUAGUGCACUGUGAUGUCAAGUCUGCUAAUAUCCUUCUUGACCCCGAGUUCAGAGCAAAGAUAGCCGACUUCGGGCUUGCUCGGAUUCUUCUCAAAACUGGAGAUCCUGCGUCAAUUUCUGCCAUAGGUGGUACCUUUGGCUACAUGGCACCAGAGUACGGAUACCGGCUUAAGGUGAAUGAGAAUGUUGACGUCUACAGCUUCGGAGUGGUCCUGUUGGAGCUCACAACAGGGAGAGUGGCAAAUGAUGGAGGCUUGGAGUAUUGCUUGGCAGAAUGGGCAUGGAGACAGUAUCAAGAAUAUGGCCUGUCAAUUGAUCUUCUUGAUGAAGACAUUCGAGAUCCAGCCAACAUUGAAGAUGCAUUUGCAGUGUUUACGCUAGGUGUGAUCUGUACAGGUGGGCAGCCUUCAGUACGGCCAUCAAUGAAGGAUGUGUUGUACGCUCUUCUCCGGUUUGAACAUAAAUCAAGGGAAAGAAGCCUGCAGCAUGCUGUCUCCGAAGAAACAUCACUUCUAGAAUCCUAG